UUCAGUUCUGUUUCAAUUAUAUGAUUUAUAUUCGUUUUAUCGUUUUCAAUUUUUACAUUUUUUAUCAAUUCACCAUGGUUUUCAAGACCGAAUAAUGUUACUGUUAUGUAUAUUAACCUUGUUGCUUCAUCUUUCGGAACAGCAUUUGACAUAUCCUAUUAACUACUGCAACAUGGCGAAGACCUGCAUUCAUGAUAGCAGAGUGGUUUGCGCAUCUUCCCCUGAUGGAUGUACACGCCGUAGUUUUCUUGACCAAUGCGACAUGUAUGAGUAUAACUGCGAUUAUAAUACACAGUACUUGAUAAAAGCAACCAGCCAAUGUGUUACUGGGGUUCCGGAUUAUGCAUGCUAACUUCCAAUGUAUAAUUUCUUCCGAAAUAAAAUAAUUAAAACUC